GAUGUGCGCGCUGUAAACAAACAGAGCCGCCAUUACGCUGUUGUUCACCCCUGACAGAACAUUGCAAAGUUCGCCCUGCUCCGGGUUUUACAACAAAUACGACCAAUUUUUCAGGUGAGGAUGACGAUCAGUAACCGCAUGCCUCUGGGAGAACAGCUGAUUCUGGAGGUGGAGGAGAACCCUUUUGCUGAGUACAUGUGGAUGGAAAACGAAGAGGAGUUUGACAGACAGGUGGAGGAGGAGUUGUGGGAGCAGGACUUUAUUGAGUCCUGUUUUAACCAGAUGCUGGAGGAGGAGCAGUGGGAGUGGUUCAUUCCAUCCAGAGACCUGCCCCAGGACAGUGCCCCCUACAGCCUGAUAGAGAGCUGCACCCAAACAGAGGGCUACCUCAGCACCCCCUAUUCUUCAGACAUUGUGUUCCAGUCCAGUCUGAACCCCAAUGCUAAAGAGUUCACCCCGGGCAUCCAGAGCCACAUCAUGUGACCCUCACCGCCUGACUCCAGAGUGACCAGAGACCUGGGGUAGGACUCUAGAGUGGACAUUGCCAUGGUUACCCACAGUCACUCAGCUUAUGCUCGGCAGCCAUCUUGUGACCUCUGACAGGGAACUUCACUUCAUUUUUUGUAUUUCUGAUUUUUACUAUCGUCUGUCCUUCCCAUUCUAAUAGGGAAAAAUCAUGAAGGAAUUGUCAUGUAAAGAAUAGCCAGUAAUUGGAUGAACACACUUUAGAUCUCACACACUGUCAUUUAAAUGUCAGUUAGGGUUGGGCAAAUAUUCACAAAAGUAAAUAGACCUAAAUUGUACCAUUUUAUUCAAUUUAAAACAGUAUUUUGGGAAAUUGGCUCUGCGCAGCGGCAAAUGUCUAGCUCACUGAAAAAAAAAAAAAGUAUAUUUAAAGAUCAGGAGGGACAAGUUAAACAUUUUACAAAUGGGCUGAAUACUGGUAUGUCCCUGGAGGACACUUCUGAGUCAAAAAUUUGCAUUAACAUUAAUCUUAAUACUAAUUUUAACUUUCAUAAUAAAUAUUAAAAUAAAGCCACUAACUGAAGUACACUACAUAUAAAAAAUAUUGUGUAGUCUUUACUUUAAACUGUAUCAAGUUUUGGUUUUUAUUUUACAUUUCAGAUAAAACUUAGAAUUAGCUUUAAGACGCAGUGAACUAGCCUGCACCCGCCAUAGGUUUGUUUCAUUUUAUUCUAAGCUUCUUUUUUUCCUUUAAUUUUAAUCAGCUUCAUGUUUUUUUUAUCCAUGUUCUACACAACAUUCAGUAUAUUUUGACAUUUCCUUCUUGGUUUUAGUUGUUUUCAAUCUCAAGAUGGCGUCCGUAGUUAGGACAGGACAGGUUGCUAUGUCCACUCUAGUGUUGUGUUUGGUUUCUGUCCUGUUCUUCGGAGUAUGGAUGCGCUUUGCCAAAGUCCUGCUUGAGUUCUGUUUGUGUUUGAGACUCUAGGCCACUCAACGGUUCUACUGCUGUUUUUAUCGUAUUAUUACAAUGUUACAAUAAUUCAGAACAUGUUUAAGACAAGACUUUUUAAUAGAGAAUUUCCAUUGGUUUGAAAAUGCCUUCUUUGAAAUGUGCCCAAUUUAGCUGAUUUUUGUCCUGGUUUAGAUCUAGUUAAGACCUUAGUUCAGUCCUGUGUCAGUCUUGGUUUAGUCCAACUUAGUCUUUGCUAAGAACUGGUUUUAUCCCAUUUUAUGCCUUAAGUUAUUAGACUAAAAUCCUCUUGUAUUAAACUUGGUCUGAAGUGGCCUGUUCAUCCAAAAGGUGGCACUAGAGUCCUGUUCUGUUUGCACUGUUUCUGAAGUCUGUUAGAAUUUUACACAAAGCACUGAAAAAAAAAACUUUAAAAAGUUAUAAAAGUGAAAAAUCGAUGUAAAAAUAUAUUUUUUCUUAAGAUAUUUCAAAUAAAUGUUUAUGAACAAAA